AUGCCUUAUUCCUUGCGGUCCGGAAACAAGCUGAAACGCCCUGCACGCUAUAGGGACGAGAGCGAUGACAAGGUCGACAGUUCAACACACCCAACUUCUGGAAACCGUGAUACAGAUAGCCAGUCCCAAAAUGAUUCACUUACUGAUUCCAUGGAAUCGGCCUCAACUGCAAACAGCACUCCACCACCCUCUUCUUUCACUCCACCCGCCUUUUCUUUUACUCCACCGUCACCUCUCUUUACCCAUCCCACUGUUGUAGCUCCUGCUGCAACGACAAAUUCCAGCAAUCUGUCCAAUACCAGCCAUCCUCCACCGUUACAGCAUCCCAAGAUGGCCAACACUAAGAUUGUCAAGGCCAACCCGCGUCGCACCGACGAGCACCGCGAGACUGAACCCGAUGACCCUCCGCCAGCCGGGAACCAUACUAAAAAUCCUAACAAAAUCUCGCGGCGGAAUCGUGCUCUUGCUCUUACGCCUAAGUUUGCUUUUCCAAAGCCCGCAGCAUUCCCUUCACUGCCAACUGACGCGCCCCCGCCGUCACAGCCAGAGUCAGCUGCUACAGACCAGUCUUCGGUUCAUAGCAUGAAGGAGCUUUUUGAAGCCAUUGAAAGCCAAGACCAAGCGCGCGUGGCAGCAAUCAAGCAGUCCAUUGAUCGUAUGUACCGAGAGAGCGAGAAUGAAUGGUAUGCGGAACUGAGGAAGCGUUGGAGUCCGGAUGAGGUAGAAGAGAUAGUCACGUUUGAAUCGCUGUGGUAUUCCGUGCGCAACACCAUCAUCGAAGAGAUUCAAGCCGACUUUACCGAUAUAUACCACGGCAGUCCCUUCUACCCCGCGCAGCGCAUCUUGAAUCUUGAAAUGGAGAAGCUUGUUGCCAUCAUGAAGGAGAACAUGGAAGUAUGGACGACUGAAGACGAGAUCCCAAAGUACUUUCAACAGUACAGACGCAGGCACCCAGACGCCAUCAUCGACCCGGAUGAGCCGCCGCCUGCCGAAGUCGUCAGGGCCAUCAGGUUCCUCCGGCAGCAGAGUCUUCCGGGGAGCUUGCUGGGCGAGUGGCACAUAUUGCCACCAGUUGAGGUAUUCCGCCCCCCGGUCAUGGCAGAGUAUCCCAGCAAGGGACCUGCGACUGUUGGAAAGCAGUAA